AUGCCGUCAACUCCAUCUCGAUCUGGCAGCGGCGACAGCGCCAAAUCUGCUGGCGGCAGCACAAGAGACCGCGAGCUAUCCGUCAACUUCUACAGUCCCGAGAACGGUCACUGGGCCGCUUAUGUGCGCACCAAGGGAGCAGACGAUGGGACGAUGUACCAUGUCCGGAGCGAUGCUCAAAAGGACCAAGACCAGUUUUACUAUGAUGAGAAACGACAGGUUUUUCAUUCUCCAUCCUUGUAUGGAAGCUCUGUGGUUGGAAAGCUCUCCUCAGGCGAAGCGGCCAUGGCAGGGGCAUCAAUCAGAAGCUAUGCCAGCGAUGAAAGAAACAUCCCCAGAGUCAGCCGCGGAACCAAUUGCCAGAACUUUGUGGGCGGGGCGCUGGGUCGCCUCGAGCAAGACGGGCUGUUGAAAACGGGGCAAAGCCAGUACUUCUCACAGCAAGUUGGUCGGCGUGGUGAGGAUAUCGGAAAGGAUCUGCAGCGAACUGGACGCCAUUUUGCCUUGGCCCAGAAAAUUAAGCCUCAGGGACCCCCAGCCGCCAGGUUUGCCGAGCAAGAAACAAGGCGCGCCCCAAAAAAGCUGAAUAUGAGUGCCUACAGUCAUCUCAGUCAGUGA